GGAAAGUCCGGGCAGAGCCCGAGAGGCGGCCGGACCGUCUUCGCUCUAAUACUGCUACUUCCUCAGCCACCGGUAUGAGCCACGGCAAGAGAACCGACAUGCUCCCGGAGAUCGCCGCCGCCGUGGGUUUCCUCUCCAGUCUCCUGAGGACUCGGGGCUGCGUGAGCGAGCAGAGACUCAAGGUUUUCAGUAGGGCGCUCCAGGAUGCACUGACCGAUCAUUACAAACACCACUGGUUUCCAGAAAAACCAUCCAAAGGCUCUGGCUAUCGUUGUAUCCGUAUCAACCACAAGAUGGACCCCAUCAUCAGCAAGGUGGCCAGCCAGAUUGGACUUAGCCAGCCUCAGCUGCACCGGCUGCUGCCCAGUGAGCUGACCCUGUGGGUUGAUCCCUAUGAAGUGUCCUACCGCAUCGGGGAGGAUGGCUCCAUCUGUGUCCUGUAUGAGGAGGCCCCGGUGGCUGCCUCCUAUGGGCUCCUCACCUGCAAGAACCAGAUGAUGUUGGGCAGGAGCAGUCCCUCGAAGAACUAUGUGAUGGCCGUGUCCAGCUAGAUAGGAACCGCCCUGCCCUGGCACUCUACUGUUCUCCUGCUGCCCUGACAACAGGCCACCGUAUACCUCAACCUGGGGAACUGUAUUUUUAAAAUGAAGAGCUAUUUAUACAUGUUAUUUUUUUUUUUUAAGAAAAAAGGAGGAAAAAAAAACCAAAAGAUUUUUUUUUUUAAAAAAAAAAAAAAAGAAAAGAAAAGAAAAACAAUUCCUUAAAGGGAGCUGCUUGGAAGUGGUCUCCCCAGGUGCCUUUGGAGAGAACUGUUCUUGAUGGAGUCUGUGAGGCAGUGUUUGCCUAGGGGAAUGGGCUGGGGAUUGGCCUAGCCAAGGUAAAGGGGGAUCUUGGCUAAUCCCUCAGGAGGUGGCAAAAAGGAGCAAGGUUAGCAACUGUGAAUGAGAGGGGUCAGCGUCUGCUCUGGGUGACCGUCCCAGGUGGGACGCCUGUGUGCCUGACCCCUCUCUUACUCAGGGGCAUUCAAGCCUGAUCUUAAAUAAUACUACAUUGCCUGAGCUUCUCUUUUGUUUUUCUGCUGAGCUCCUGGGCAGACUGAAAGGCCUCUCCUGUCCCAUCUGUUCUAAGCAGAGUGUCUUGAAACCGUGUCUCAUUUCUGAGGCUACCCGCGGGGUCCUGAAGAGCUUAUUUCCAGCCCGGAAUCUGUCUAAACAGUUUUGGAGGGUGGGAUGUGAGGCAGGUGUGCAAAGACUUUGGGGCUGAGAUGGAGAGGAACUGCACAAACCCCUUGCUGUGCUCCGUGCUGCUUUGUGUGGAUGGGUAGUGAAUAAUUUAGGGAUGAUUUGCAAUGGAAUUUUGGGACCCAAAGAGUAUCCAGUGGGGGUGGGGUUUUUAGACCCGAACCCUCCUUUUGGGAACCACAUGACAGUCUGAAUGCUGCCACCAUUGUUCCUUUGAGAGGUGGCUCAAAGCUCCAGGGAACUCCAGGUCCUUUCUUACUGCCUUCUCUUCAAGAGUAACCUCCCCCGUUUCUCUUUCCCCUUUCCUGUGGACAGGGGUCCUGGAGGGUCCUUUUUCCUAGGACAAGAGUUCUCAAAUCACUGUGCAAUAGUCCCAGGAAGCUCUGAGACUGGGCCUCCCAGCCCCUCAUGAUGCCCUGGUGCCCACCCCUUCCCAUUCUUCUAGGGGUUCUGACUGGCUGGUGGGCCUUGCGGAAAUCUUCCUGGGCCUCGGGGAGGGCACGUGUGCACUGCAGGACUACCCGGUAUUCUUGUGGGGCUGCUGCAAAGAAGCCAAACCUUGGGCACAGCUUUAUCUCCUUGGUGCUCAGAGCACCUGUGGGGGAGGUUGCCCCCCCCUCAGUUAAAUCCAAAUUUAUUUGUAGAUGUGUGCAAUAUUUACUGUUCUGGGUUGGAGAAAAUUGGGAAACACUGGGAAGACAUGGCUUUCCUUCAGGUUCAUUGACACUGAUGAGGGCUUCUCAGAAGGCCUGGAGCCUCUCCAGCUGAAGGACAGAGCUAGAGCCAGCCAGUCACCCCUUAGUGAGGAGUCCCUUCCCAUCUCUCUCCACCGCUGUGGCAUCCACGUCCUGGAUUUCUCAGCUCCUCAGUUUCUCCUCAAAGGUGCUAUUUACCAAACACUCUGCCCGUCCUGUGCCGCCACUCCCCAGCCCCGCGCAGCCUUCCCAGGUGGCUUCGUCUCUCUUGCUUUAAAGUUAACUCUGGGCCCACAGACCCAAGAGCUGUGGAUUGAAACAAAGCUGUGAAUUGCUCCAGAUGGUUCUUGUGUUUGUCCACACACAGGUCCCUGCCUUUUCAGAAGCAGCCUCCUGGUCUCAUACUUACAUCUGUUCUUCACUGUCCAUGUUCACUUUAGAAACGACAAAACCCCGGAGCUGGUCUGUUGGGCAGGCCUGUCUCUCUCUUAUUAAGUAAAAAAAAGUAAUAGUGAUAAGUUUGUAAGCUAUUCUGACAGAAAAGACAAAGGUUACUAAUUGUAUAAUAGCGCUUUUAUAUGGAAGACUGUACAGCUUUAUGGACAAAUGUAAACUUUUUUUUGUUUUUAAUAAAAAUGUAGCAGAUCA